UGAAUUAGUUAUUAAUUUUUUCUGAGAUUUUAAAAAAUAGCAUAAAAGCAAGGUUCACUCACAGGUUAUUCAGCUUCACACUCCUUGCGAUUUGUAUUGAGUGAAGAAAAAAGAAGAGAGGUUCCGUUCUGUAUCUUGGUUGUAGCGGUGAAUUGAUAGCCAUGGCUUCCUCCUCAGCUUCUCCGACACCGGGCACUGCCGCUGGGAACUCGAAGAAAGGGUUAGGGUUUUUGUCUCAUGCGGUGAAACGGAAGGACAGUUUCAUUCAAUUCUUCGCAAUGACGGGAAUCCUUCUCCUCAGCAUGCGAUCUUUAGGGCAGAAAUACAAAAUCCACAACCUCGAAGAAGAUAUCCACGUCCUCAGGGACGAGAACGCUUCUCUCUCCGACCGCAUCAAAAACAUCAAGCGCGACCUCCUUCGAGAAGCUUCUCUUGACUCCUCCGGCCUCUUCGCUUCUCGCCUUCGCCGCCUCUUUUCCGCAGAAUGAUUGUCCGUAAGUUUUUGCUACUGUUUUUGAUCUCUCAACAAACAAUUUCAACUGUUCCCGUACUCUCUUGAAAUUAGACUUGUCAACAAUAAUAGCCUUUGAAGGUGUCUGUUGCUUUUUAGGAAUACACUGCUAUGCUUGUCCUAUGGUAGUGAUUCUUGUUGAGGAUUUCAAGUGUUUGCUCUUAGAGAUUCAUAUUAAAUACAGUGUACUGUGAGAGUGAAUAAUGAAUAGAAGGGAUAGACGAUUCUUCAUAUAGCGGUUUCGACAUCUAUGUUUAGAAAUUGUAAUCUUCCGUGUAGAACCUGAGCUUAGAUGCUAGUUGAAUUUGAUGAUAAGAUAACUUUUCCUCUGAAAUGAGAUUCAGUGGUUAUAAGUUUUGUUUAUAUGUUAAGGGAUUUG